AGGUGGCGGUAUAACCACGUUGUUCGGUUGAGUAACAAAGUAUUUGUGCAGUCGAGGAAGCCAUGAUGGCAGCAACCAUGAAGGGACCUGUAGCCGUUGAAGAUGUGAACGUCACAUUUGAAGACCAACAGAAGAUCAAUAAAUUUGCCAGGAACACAAGUCGGAUGACGGAGCUGAAGAAUGAAAUAGAAGCAAAGAAAAAAUCGCUUCAGAAUUUACAGGAUGCCAGCGAUGACCUUAUGAUGUUGGACGACGACACUCUAUUGAUCCCGUAUCAAAUUGGCGACGUCUUUGUCAGUCACUCCCAGGAAGAAACACAAGAGAUGCUGGAGGCUGCAAAGGAAACACUGGAGCAGGAGGUCAAAGGCCUUGAGGACCGCGUGUCAGCGAUACUGCAACUAUUGGGUGAUCUGAAGGUCCAGCUCUAUGCCAAGUUUGGUAACAACAUUAACCUGGAGGCAGAUGAAAGCUGAGCUGUGAAAUGGACUUUGACAGCUGCCCCCAACACAGACUUUUUCAUGCAGCUCUCGUAUCAGAUCCACAAAGCGUUUGCCAAACAAAACAUCAAGUAGGACUCGGAAUGAACGCCUUAGAUUUGUAGCUCCUGUCUUUGUUUACACCAAUGUUGUAUGAUUUUUCAUUUUAGCUCUGGUAAACUAAUUCACAAGAACAACAUAACAAAACAUUCAGAUAUUAAAUAAAUAAACAUGAUUUCUAACGUA